AUGUUAAAGUCACUUUUAAAUGGAUUUCUUAGUUUGCAUCAUUAAAAUCAUUAACUGCUCUAUCAAGAUUUAUACAAAUAUGCAGAAGAAACACACACAUUUAGCAAUAAUAUGUAUGUUUUAAGCAACACAAAAAACAAAUUGAAAUUUUCAUUGGUUCUUUUAUCAAGAAUAAAAUCUACUCAUUUCUAUUGGUUAAUGUCAUUUACAACAAUAUCAUAUUUGACUUAUUACUAAAAUGAGAUUUAAUAAAAACAUAAAAAUUACCUUGAAAGGAAAGAAUUGGAAAAAAAGAAGAAAUUAGAACCUAAAAUUCCAAUAACUGGAUGUUCAAUAGUAAUAAAUGAGGUGUUGAGAAAAGAAAGUAUUAAUAAAAUGUUGGGAGAAUUAAUAGUUCGAAUAGAUAAUAAAGAAUCAACUUAACAUAAUAUAGCAAAAUAAUUAUGUAAAUUGGGAAAUUUAUCUUUUUUAUAUGAUAAGACUUUUAAUUUAACCAAAGAUCUGUUAAUUUAAUAGGUUUUCAUGAAUGAUGAUAUAUAAUUGAAAUUGAGAGAUCUUUUGAUUAAAGUUUUGAAUAAUUAAAGAGCUUAGGUUGUAGCAUUAGCAAAUGAUUAAUUAAGAACAAAUGCUAUGGAUUUGGCAAUUAAGAAUUUGGCAAAUUUAUACAAUUAGGAAGGAUUUUAAUAAGGAUUAUCAAAUGCUUUGAUAGGUGCAAUGUAUUCGUAUUUAGAUGACAAAAAUACUAUAACUGAGUUAUUAAAAUUAUUAUAAAAGAUGGAGUGAAC